AUGUCGUACUACUUCACCAUUCUCUCGCCGACCGAUACGCCGAUAUUUAAUAUCGCAUUUGGCACCUCUAAAGGAGGCGGCGAUGGCAUUGCGCGCUUCCGCUUCCCCGACACAGCGCAAUACAUGAACCAAUUCAUCAUCCACUCCAGUCUCGACAUCGUGGAAGAAGCGCAGUGGACAAAUGGCGGGAUGUACCUCAAGCAUGUCGACACCUACCCUCCCGCCGCGGCCUACAUCUCGGCAUUCCUUACCCCCAGCGGCGCCCGCUUCCUCCUCCUCCACCAACCGCCCCAGCUUCCUUCAUCCGGAAGUACGAGUACUCUUGGGGCAUCGUCUUUACUCGGCGCUGCCGGAUCAACUACGCGCGCCUCAUCUAGCUCCGUCGCUGCGAACCCGACAUCACCGCAGACCGAGGAGGCGGUCCGCCAGUUCAUGAAUGAGGUGUAUGAGAGCUAUGUCAAGACUGCCAUGAGCCCCUUCUAUAAACAGGGUAUGGAAAUCCGGAGCCCGGUCUUUAGGUCGAAGAUCACGGCGGCUGGGAAGAAGUGGCUCUGA